AUGGUAACCAUGAGGCUUGAUUGUGUCAUCAUCCUGACGUUGUUCUGCCUGAGCAUCUUGGCUAUGAUUGGUUUACAGUUCUUCAUGGGAACCCUGAAGAACAAAUGUGUCAUGUGGUGGAUGAACACAAACACGACAGAAUUCGAUUUCCACAACCACAUCACCUCUCCAGCAAAGUAUUACUACAUUCCUGGACAUCCUGAUCCUGUGGUGUGUGGAAACCAGUCAGACGCUGGGGGCUGUCCAGAUGGUUUCACCUGUGUGAGCGCAGGAAGUAACCCAAACUUCGGAUACACCAGCUACGACUCGUUUUUCUGGUCUCUGAUGUCACUUUUCAGACUCAUGAUGAAUGAUUACUGGGAAGGCCUGAUGCAGUUGACGUUGCGAGCUGCAGGAAAAUCCUAUCUGAUCGUCUUUCUGUUCGUCUUCUUCCCGGGUUGUUUCUUCCUGCUCAGUCUCAUUGUGGCGGUGGUUGUCAUGACACGAGCGGAGCAAGAAGAGACUCAAGAUGCCGAGGCCAUACAAAGAGAAGAGGAGUUCGGACGGAUUGUGGAGGUGCUGAAGAGGAGAGAGGAGGAGGAGCAGGCUUCCAGCACGGUAGAGACUCCAGAGCAACAGGACUCACUGCAGAAGAAGAAAUCAGCUGCCGGUAUACGAGCUACUAAGCAAGAAUACGUUGAAGAGGCAGAGGAGCACCACCGGCCUUUGUGCUGCACCUGCGCUGACGCCUUGCUGAAGGGGGACUGUUGUGGCUGCUGGCGAUGGCUCAAACAGCAGUUUCACACUUUUAUCACGAACCCUUUCUUUGACCUGGUCAUCAUCAUCUGCAUCAUUGUUAGCACCAUCUUCACAGCCAUGGAACAUUACCCUAUGUUCAUGGAGUUCAUGGAGACCCUGGUCAUUGCUGAUCUGGUCUUCCAUGGGAUCUUUGCAGCUGAGAUGAUCAUCAAACUUGUCGGACUGGGCCUGCAUGGAUACUUCCAGGUGCGCUGGCAUAUCUUCGACUUUAUCCUCGUCAUCAUUUCUCUGGUGCAGCUGGGACUGGCUGACGUUGUUGAGGGUCUGCGCAUUUUUCUUCUGUUUCGAGUGUUUAGGCUGGCCCGUUGGUGGCCGAUGCUCCACAGGUUUUUGAAGAUCGUCUGGGCCUCAGUGGGGAACCUGACUCUGGUUCUCUUCAUCACGGUCUUCAUGUUCUCUGUGGCGGGCGUGCAGCUGUUCCAGUCGGACUACAAAGCUAACGUCUGUCGCAUUUCUUAUGACUGCCAGCUUCCUCGUUGGCAUAUGGCAGACUUUUUCCACACCUUCAUGCUUGUCUUCAGGGUCUUGUGUGGACUGUGUUUAGAGUCUUUAUGGGAUUGCAUGGAGGUCUCGAAUGAUGGCAUGUGUGUGACCUUCUUCAUGAUUGUCCUGAUUGUUGGAAAGCUGCUGAUCCUACAUCUGUUCCUGAAUUUAUUGUUCAUCAAUGAUCAGCUGGUGGAUUCAGAAGACAAAACAACAAACAUCCUGCAGAGUACCAUGAAACAGACCAGACCCUGGAUCCCCAAGAGUAUCUGGACUUUGUGGGGGAAGAACAACGCUGACCAAGAUCACAAAGGUGACACUGAAAAAGACAACAAGGAGGAGCAUCUGGCCUUAAGCUCUGUGAGCUCAGAUCAGCUGACCCUCGAUGAUAACCACACGAACAUGGCCGCCUGGGAGGCCCCCGUCGCUGUGGCUGAGAUCGAGUUUAGGAUGCCUGAAAAUGCACAAGAAAAGGAGACGCAGCAUUGUGACGCCAUGCAGAAACGUAAAGAUGAAACUCAUCCAGAACCUGAGGACUGCUGCUGCAACAGCUGUUACAUCUGCUGUCCGUUCCUGGAAAUAGACACAUCCCAGGGUACCGGCAGGGUCUGGUCUAACUUCAGGAGAGCCUGCCUCUGCAUUGUGCAACACAAAUUCUUUGAGGAAAGAGACCUCCAUCUGAACCAGAAUCAGGGAGGAGCAGCCAUCUCCUGGAUGUGUUGGAGGGUGGUGGGAAAAAACAGAGACAGAAAAGAAGAGCUCGUGAAGAACAAACAGGACAGCAGGUCGUCUGUUAAACCAGAAGGUCACACUGCUAGAAUGACAGUGGUUGUCCUCAGAUCGUCUCAUGUGCUGCUUGUUGUGAGUAAACAGGUGUGUGUUUGUGAACAGGUUUUUGAGGACAUCUACCUGGGGCAUCAUCCAGUCUUGCAGAGAGUUUUGAAGAUGGCAGACCUGGUGUUCACCUUCGUGUUUCUGGUGGAGAUGCUACUGAAGUGGAUCGCUUUUGGAUUCAAGAAAUACUUCACAAGCUUCUGGUGCUGGCUCGACUUCCUCAUCCUAGAUGUGUCUCUGUUCUCCCUGAUGGGCAACAUGCUUGGAUACACCAGCCGGCCUCUGAGAGCUCUGAGGACUCUGAGGGUCCCGUCUCGCUUCAAGGGCAUGAGGGUGAGGCAGGCACUCAUACAGAUACAGACAUUGCCGAGCAGGAUGAGAUUUGACUCCUUAGGGUGUAAUUGCUGCCUGGCUUGGCUGUUUGACCUGGUCACCGCUCUGUACUUUGAGAUCUUCAUGGUGGUGGUUAUCUUCUUCAACAUGGUGGUUCUAAUGGUGGAGACUAAUGAUGAGAGUGAGGAGAAGUCACUUGUCCUGAACUGGAUCCAUCUCAUCCUUUUGGCCAUCUUCCUUGUUGAGUUUAUCCUGAAGAUCAUUGCACUCAGACAGCAUUACUUCAGAAAUGUCUUGCACAUUGUGGACUUUGUGGUUCUCACUUUGUCCAUUAUAGGUCUCUUCUUAGCUGACAUCUUGGAAAAAUAUUUCGGCAGUCCCUUUCUCUUUUCUGUUAUGCGAUUGGGUCGUUUGUUCACCUUAUGUGGAGCAUUCCAUCACAUUCGGUUUGCCAGAAGGAUCUGGAUGCUGAUUAUGGGCUUUGUGAUGUCACUUCCUGCCCUUUUCAACAUCGGCCUGCUCUUGUUCCUAAUUGUGUUCACAUUCUCCAUCAUUGGGAUGUUUAACUUUGCCUACGUGAAGAAUGAGAUGAUGAUCGAUGACAUGUUUAACUUCAAGACAUUUGGAAACAGCAUCAUCAGCAUGACUAUGAUCACCACGUCCUCGGGGUGGCACGACCUGUUGAGUCCCAUCAUGAACAUGCCUCCAGACUGCGACCUGCGAUUACCUGAGCCUGGUAACUGCGCCAACCCGACGGUGGGGAUUGUUUUCUUCAGCUCCUACAUCCUCCUCUUCUGCCUGCUGGUGAUCCACCUGUUCGUCGUUGUCAUCCUGGAGCUCUUCAACACAGCGAGCCCUGAGGACGCUGAGAUGCUGAGUGAUGAUCACCUCCAGAUGUUUUAUGAAACCUGGAGGAAAUUUGACCCCAGUGGCUCGCAGGUCAUACAGUACAGUGAGCUGGCAGACUUCUGUGAUGGUCUCCAGGAUCCUUUGAGGAUUCCCAAACCAAACACCAUAAAACUGACUCACUUGAAUCUGCCUCUGUUUCCUGGAGACCAGAUCAGCUGUUUGGAUGUUCUGCGCACAAUUACUACACAGGUGUCACGUGAAUCAACCACCUCGCCGGCACAGGAGGAGACAGACAUGAUCCAGAAACAUGUGCACGGUGGAGAUGCUGAGCGAAUCGUAGUCCAGGCUGUGGGCAGAGACUUACAGUGA